GUGAAGUGUUCUUACUUUUUUGCAGGCCGAAGGGGAUAAUUCGCUUCUUGCCUAUAGUGAUGAUACGAGGUCGAAUCGUUCUCCGGAUUUGAAAUGAUGUAAUUGUGAACCGAAGGCAACUUAAAUACUUCAUGAGUGCUCUCUGUAUGUGGUGUCAAUUUCGGUUACGCGUUCAUUUUACUGCCCUUCUUCCUGGCCAUGUGAAGGGACCUGGAUAUAUCAAGUAUUCCCCGUUGUCACCGUGUUGUCGAUCUCGUCAUUUUAUAGUUUCUUUCGAUAUACUUCACCAUCACGAGAUUUCAGUGGUUUCACUCAUGUUGAGCUUGACUGCUUUGGAAUCGGUUUGGCUUUUUGCACGAAAGUGAAAUACAGCACGAUACCGUACCUCAUGAGAAAAAAAGCGUUGGCACGAUUUGUUUUGCAGACGAAGUAGAAUGAGUCAUACUGAUGAGAAAGAUUUUGAAACGGACAAGGUGUCUCUUCUUUCAGAAGAAUUAGAACAGACGAACAUGAAGGCGCAGGACAGUAUGACUCGGAAAUAUUUGGAGAUCACCGGGGUUAUUGCCUUGUAUUGGGUGGUUUCCAUCUCGAUUGUGAUGCUCAACAAACAGCUUUUGGGUGGACGAGGGAUGGAAGGAGGACUUGACGCUCCGUGCUUCAUUACGUGGUUUCAAGCAGUGUGGUCGAUUUUUGUGAUACGGAUUUGUGGAAGGUAUUCCUGGGCUGGUGGCUCUGGACGUCUCGAUCUCUCAUGUGAUGCAAAAAGUUUGAAAUCAAUUUUGCCUCUUUCCAUUGUCUUCGUUGGAAUGGUGACUUCCAACAAUUUGUGCAUCAAAUUUGUGGGAGUUGCAUUCUACUACGUGAAUCGCUCUUUGACGACUGUAUUCAAUGUGAUUCUCUCCUACGUGUUCUUGAGUCAGACGCAUUCUAAAUAUGCGUUGUUUUGGUGUGUCAUUAUCUUGGUCGGAUUUUUCAUCGGAGUUGACCAGGAAACCGCAUCAGGUUUGUCGCUUUUGGGGGUGAUUCCUGGAGUUCUUGCGUCGCUGCUUGUUGCAUUGAACGCUAUUCUGACCAAGAAAUACCUUGCAUGUGUUGAUGGGAGCAUUCUUCGCCUGGGAUAUUUGAACAACGUGAACGCCGCUAUUAUAUUCAUCCCUCUAAUACUUUUGAGUGGCGAGGUUAAAGUUCUCAUGAGCUUUAAAGAUUUGAACACCGUUUAUUUCUGGACUGUAAUGUCUAUUUCCGGUGUUCUCGGCUUCGCCGUGGGCACGGCAUCAGCUCUUCAAAUCAAAGUAACUUCGCCGCUUACACAUAAUGUGUCUGGAACUGCAAAAGCAAGUGCGCAGACGAUUCUUGCAGUGUUGUAUUACGAAGAGUUUAAAACAGCGGUUUGGUGGACCUCGAAUUUCGUUGUCCUCUUGGGAAGCAUGGGUUAUACUCGUGCGAAGCAAUUGGAAAUGGAAGAAGGAAAAAAGAAGCAGAAUCAGUCCAAAGAUAUUGAAAAAUGUUGAAGUUAUCUCCCAGCAAAAAAUUUGAGCAUUCAUGAACCCAUUGAAAACCCAUUCAAAAAUGGCCAAUCUUGCCCAUUCAGAAAAUGGUCUUACAAGAAUCUUUGAACUAUUUUACUGGGCAUUCAACUUACGCCCAAAUGAAUGGGUCAGUAAAUGCCUUGGUGAAUGGGUGCACUCAGGCCAAAAAAUUUCGAAUACCAAAUUUUUUGCUGGGCAGAGAGGACGUUUUAAGAGAAGAACACCUCAGUUUUGUUGGAUUGACGUUUGUCUUGCUUUUCGGCGGUGUUUUUGUGAUUUCGUCUGUGAUUUUAUUUCCAAAACUGGACAUUUUGUUGUUGAUCGCACGUUGGAUUUGUUGCAAAAGACAGCACUCUUUUUUCGAAUCACGUAUUUUUUUCUUGUACAGUAUAUUUUUUCGAUUUCCUAAGGGUGCUUGAUCGUUCAUGUUCAUUAAUUGUUCAGGAUGCAUUGCUGCUUUAAAAACGGGAUUCUUGGGGCCCUUGCCGUAUCAAUCUGUGCCGUUGCUGUCAAUUUUUCUUUGAAUGGAUUUGGCAGUACGAAUAAACCCUGUCAGCCUAUGGACCAGGGUUGCGAUCUUCAGUUGUUGAGAAAGAUUUCCAUCCUUAUUCCUCCUAGCGGACGUUCUUUGCCUCCGUAUUACAACAUCAGCGAAUCGCAGUUAUUUUUUAUAACGCAGAAUCAUUCUCAGGAAUUCGUUGACGGAAUCCAGGGAAUGUGUAAUGAAUGCUGUUGCAGUGUGCGUCUGCUUAAAAAUGAUCGAGUUCCGCAAUCCGUGAAUGACAACGGAGAAUUUCCUGACGUGCGUCGCAAAUACGUUUCUCAUUUGAUCAUCACGAGUACUUCGAAGGAUCAGAAAUGGAUGAGCGUCGUUAUUGCAUUUGUCACUUGGCGUGCAAAUGCGAAGUACUUUUGGGUACCGGGAAUAUCACCAGAAGAAACUGGGACGGAGUUGCUAGGGAAUCUACGAAAUGAUUCCGUGGUUUUAAUACGAAAUGGUACCUUUGACUGGCGGUUGGAGUCCGCAGAUAGGAGAGAUUACCUCACACCUCUAUUCAUUCCGUGCGACAAUGCCAUUCGAAAAGAGUUCGCGAAUAAAUAUCCGUCGUCUCUGACUACUGGAUCAGCUGGAGAUUUAAUCCGGCAUAAGGUGAAGAAGAUGUUGUUCCGGGCCAAACUGGCAUUGGAUACUCUGGGGGUUCCUUUUUGGCUGAGCAGUGGAACCUGUCUUGGAUUCUUUCGUCAAUGCGAUGUUAUUCCUUACACGGAUGAUGUGGAUAUCGGAGUUUUUGCCUCGGACUAUAAUGAAGACAUAGUCAAUGAAAUGGAACGUGCGGGUUUCACGCCAUUGCAUAGAUUUGGAGUGUUGAACGACAGUCUGCAAUUGUCUUUCAUGCAUACCUGGUUUAAACUAGACAUAUUUUUCUUCUACGACGAAGGCGACAUCUUCUGGAAUGGUGGAACCGACUUGAGUACGGGGGAAAAAUUCAAGUAUCCGUUCCCGAAGUUCAAGUUGUGUUGGACUGAAUUUUUGGAUCUUUUGGUUCGAGUUCCUUGUCCAUUGGAGCCAUAUAUUCAAGCAAAUUAUGGCCCAUCAUGGUUUCAUCCCGUGAUGCAGUGGGAUUGGAAAGCAAGUGCUUCCAAUGUCAUGUCCAAUGGGUUCUGGCGGGCUGAAGACGAAGCUAUUCAACUUUUUACAAACCACUGA